UCACUUGAUCUCACGCCCUUUCAUAUAUUGUGUAUGUAUUUUCCUCUGAUCAUAUCCUUCCUUACCCCAUCCGGCCAGAUCAUCAGCUGCCCUGCCGCCCUGCGUAUAUAUAGCACGGAAACGCAUCGCUGAGCUGCAUAAUCGACGACGCUUUACUAAUUCCCCGUGGUUACAGGGACGCUUGCAUUAUAUACAGUUUGCUAACCCACUGCUCAAUCAUGGCCCCUACAGUUGAUGGUCACCUUGCUAUCCUCGCUGGCAUUUCUCUUUCCUUUGUUGCCGUCACGGCACUCAAGCGGCUCAUCAAGAAGCGACAGAAUAACCUUCCUCUUCCUCCUGGCCCAGCGCCGCUCCCAUUGCUAGGGAACGUCUUAUCUGUUGACACUCGGGAGCCUUGGUUGACUUACACUGAAUGGGGUGCUACGUAUGGGGAUCUGGUCUUCAUGCGAUUUCUAGACCAGGAAAUGGUCGUGGUCAAUUCUCAGCGCAUUGCAGAAGCCUUAUUGGAAAAGCGUUCUCGGAUUUACUCCGAUCGACCAUACCUAGCCACAAUCGAGCCGUAUGGAUUGUCGAUAAGCUUUACAUUCAUGGGUUAUGGCGAUGAAUGGCGUCUCUGCCGACGACUGUUCCACCAAACUUUCCGUCCCGAGUCCGCAGUGAAAUUUCGGCCAAUGCAGAUCAGGCGGGCUCGUGAGAUGGUCGUCAACCUAGUCGAUGACCCUCAACAUUAUCAUGACCACUUCGCAACAUUCUCGUUAACUGUUGUGAUGUCAGCUGCAUAUGACUACGAUAUCGAGGCUCGUGAUGAUCCUAUGGUGAAGAUUGUGGUAGAGGCACUGAAUCUGAGCUCGGCCGUGUUGACCCCGGAGGCAGCGUUGAUGCUGAAAACCUUCCCCUUCUUACUCAAGUUACCUGACUGGUGCUGGGGAUCCUCGAUCAAGCGUAGUGCUCGAGAUUCGACAGAGCGCAUCAAUAAAAUGGUCAACGUGCCGUUUCGAUAUACGCAACGGCACAUGGCCGACAGUUCGUUCCUCGCUCAAUCUUCAAUGGUUGCAGAAAAUUUGCGACGGAUGGAAACGCAAGAGGAGGUAUUCAAACCUGUAUUUGAGAAUGCCUUGAAGAAAGCAGCUGCUACUGGUCUUGGGGCUUCAUAUGAGACGACUUCAGCACUUUUGAUGGUUUUUAUUUUGGCGAUGGUAUUAUAUCCAGACGUUCAGAGACGCGCACAAGCGGAAAUCGACUCAGUGGUUGGAAGAGAUCGGCUGCCAACAUUCGAGGACAGUGCAUCACUACCCUACAUCGAUGCAAUUGUGCGAGAGACUUUCCGAUGGCAGCCUAUUGUACCACUUGGUAUACCACAUACUGCCUUGGAUGAUGACGUGUACGAUGGCUACUUCAUUCCAAAAGGCACAAUCAUCACAUACAACACAUGGGGCAUUACACGAGAUGAAAAGCGGUACCCAAACGCAUCUCAUUUUAUACCAGAGAGGUUCACCGACGUUAAUGGUGCGUUGACAGCUGAUGACCCCGCACAAUACGUCUUCGGCUUUGGUCGGCGUAUAUGUCCAGGGCGGUAUACUGCUGUUGCUUCUGUGUGGUCUGCCAUUGUGACCAUGUUGGCCACAUUGGAUAUAUCUUCUGCUAAAGAUGACCAGGGCAAAGCGACCAGCUUUACUCCCAUAUUCAUCCCAGGAGUGGUUCGCUGUCCUGCAAUCUUUCCUUGCAAUAUCUCGGCACGAUCUCACAUUCAUCCAGACCUUGUGCAGGGUUGGCGAACUGCUGAGUUUUGAAAGAAUGGAUGACAGGUUUCCCUAUCGGUGGUCUGAUUGGAACGCUCGAGGAGUAAUCAAUCAAGUAUGUAUUUCUAGUGUAUAACAGUUGCUGUGUCGAGGGUCCUGCGAUGUUUCGGUGACCGUGUGGCAGAAUAUGCUGCACUGCGUCAUCUGCAUUUCAUAUGUCACGCCCACGACGU